AUGCGAAUAUUUAGACGAGACUCCCCCGAGUCGCGAUACGAUCCUGGACACUCCGUAGCGCGGUAGGUCGCUGCGCUGUUGGUGGUCUAGCAGACGACAUGUUGGCUACAGGGAGCACCUCGUCUCGGACGUUUCGGCCGCGAGUUUCCUCGGGGAUACCUGAGUGAGGAGAGGCGAGCGCGAACUCGGUGAGAGGAAAAGCGCGCGAGUGACGGGGGAGAGAGAGAGAGAGAUAGAUAUAUUAGGCGAGGGCACGAAAUCUCUCCCGCGAGAAAGUGUGCAUGUGCAAAGGGCGGCGCGAGAGAAGGCACGCGAGGGUGCGGGUUCCCCGAGUGCUGCUGCUUUCCGUGCCGUGAUUGUCGUCGAGAGGCUCGCGGCGGCGGCGGCAGCGUAGUCAAAGGAGGGGGGAACGAGGUAGGAAAGGAAAGCGCGCGGUGAAGGCGGCGGAAAAGAGACGUGGGCCCCGAAAAAGCGGAGUCGACAGCAGGCUCCGAGAGCGAGAGCGGGAGACGACAAGUCCUGGAAAAACAUUUUCUUUCCGCAGACGAGGUCCGCACGAGAAGAAGUCGCGUUACGUCGUUACGAGGACUGCGGAGAGAGACGCGGACGGCGACGUCGUAGCUGAAACAACAGAAGGAGUAACACGUCUUCGGCGGGGGUGCGCCGCCGACUCGCAUCCCCCUCGAUUAACAAUCUCGCUCGCGGAGAGCGUUACGCUGGACAGCGAGCAGCGGAACCAAUCUAUUUUAACGCCUCGUCGUAUCGUCGGCGAAUUGGGGAAAUCUGCGCGAUCGGGGAAGCGAGACGAGAGGCACGGCGAGGCGAGGUCGUCGUGUGUUUUACGUGCAACACGCGCCGUGUCCCUCCAUCUACCCACGGAAUCGAAUUCGCGUGUACAUAUCUGUCUCGCUCGUUCAAUAUCUCUUCUCCCUCUCUCGCUCUCCUCCUGUCUCCCUGUCUCUCGCGCUCGCCGGCCGCAUCGCCGGAGACGUCGCGGCAAGAUAGAGAGAGAGAGAGAGAGAGCGUGCAAGACGUGCCGCCUCGCGCGCGACGACCAGCAGCGACGACAGAGAGGCAGCGCACGUCGGCGCCGACGUAUUGUCGUCACCGGCAGUCUCCGCGUACGCUUUUUCCCAACGUACGUCUGUGCGUGAGUGUGUGCCGCCGCGCGUACGACUCGGACGUCGCGACAACAGCCUCCUCGCGCGCGCGACACCGGCGCGGAUGACCAUCGCGCGUACGGAACACAGAUUCGCCGUGCCGCCUCGUAACUUCGCCGUUUCGUCGCCGUCGUCGCCGUUGUCGCUGCGCUACGUCCGCCUGCCUAUCGUCGCGGUAAUUCGUCGCCGAGUGGCAAGUGUCACGCGCGUUCGCCACCACCGUGUCCUGGGCAUAGCCCCGGGGGACCACCGGGGGACGUCGUCGGGGGGCCCGGUCGCCAUCGACGUCUCGGACGGAGACGCCGCGCGCGCGCGCGUCUGUCUGUCAUCCUCGUCAUCAUCGGCAUCGUCAUCGUCUCACCGUCGCCGUCAUCGGCACCCCGCGCCGCGACGGAUUUGCAACACCGUCCGCGCUCUCUCUCUCCGUCGUGAGCGAGCGAGAAGGAUAGAGGUAUAGACACACACAUACACACACACACACACGCACACACACACACAAAAUACAUAACACGCACACAUACACUCGUACGUAUACACGCGCAGAGAGAGGGAGAGGGAGAGAGCGCAACACGGGGCUCUCUCAGUUGCCCGGCGAGCGGAGCACCGAGCCUAUGGUGUGUGGUGGUUAUGGUUUCGCGGGUAGUGCAUAGCCGCCAGUGAUCGAGGCAGGCGUGAAGUGUGCUCGUGAGUGUCGCGCCGGGAGAUACACGCCGUUAUACGCAACGUCGGGUGUUGUACGCGCGAGAGACAGGCAGGCGAACGAGGAGCGAUCGUCGACGUUAUCGCUGCCGUUGCCACUGUACGGCCGUGUCGCACAGUUGUCACCGUGUCGUCGGCCGUCGAGGGGGAAUUAAGCGGAACGAGGAAGCGGGACGUGAAAACGCAAGGAGAAGCGGAAAGGAGAGCGGAGCAGCCCGUUGACAGAGAGGAGCGAGAGGCAUCGCCGGCCGCUACAGCAGAGAAAGAUAGAAGGAGACGUCAAUCGUGCGAGGAGGCAAGCGGGGGCGCAGCGCUCGCGCGCGUGCGAACGGGACACCCGAUACAGAGCGAGCGAGCGAGCCGCACCGCACCGUCGAGCGUGAGCGAGCCGAGACGAACGGAACGGCGGAACCGGCGGACGACGACGGACGGCGGGACCCGCGGAACGGGAGUGAACGUAGCGCGCGUACCCGCGGCGACGGCGGCGGCUGCUGCGGCGACGGGGGUGUAAACAACGUCGACGACGACGACGACACGGCCGCCGGCGCCGGUCGCACGGUCGCCCCCGCGGCUGCCAGCAACUCGAUCGCGAGCCGUCGUCGUCCGUCCCGUGCCGGGUCGUCCCGGUCGCCCUCCCUCGCGCCCGACGACGCCGCCACCGCCACCAACACGACCCGGGAAGGUGACGCAGACGACCGGCCCGGACCGCUGGACGUGGAGGGGAACAAAAACGGUGAGGGCGAGCCGCGCGUAUCAUUCCCGUGGUGUGUCAUGGGGUGUUUCGGCAGCCAGAGCAGGAAGGAUACCAGCCAGGAUGACAGCAAGAACCAGAAGAGGCGGUCCGACGCCAUCACCAGGCAGCUGCAGAAGGACAAACAGAUCUACCGGGCCACUCACAGGCUACUCCUGCUCGGUGCGGGAGAGUCCGGCAAGAGCACGAUCGUCAAACAGAUGAGGAUACUGCACGUCAAUGGUUUCAGCGAAGCGGAAAAGCGGCAAAAAAUCGAGGACAUUAAGAAGAACAUUAGGGACGCUAUUCUGACGAUAACCAGCGCGAUGAGCACGUUAACGCCGCCGGUUACGCUGGAGGACCCGUCAAAUCAGAGCAAAGUGGAGUAUGUCCUGGAAGUCUCGUCUUCCCCAGACUUCGAUUAUCCUCCGGAAUUCUACGAAAUCGUCGAAACCUUGUGGAAAGACCGGGGCGUUCAACAGAGCUUCGAGAGGAGUAAUGAGUACCAGCUCAUUGACUGCGCCAAAUAUUUUCUAGAUAAGGUAGCCAUCGUAAAACAGCCGGAUUACACGCCCACGGAACAGGACAUCCUGAGGUGUCGAGUCCUCACAUCCGGCAUUUUUGAGACGCGGUUUCAGGUCGACAAAGUAAACUUUCACAUGUUCGACGUCGGUGGCCAGCGCGAUGAGAGGAGAAAAUGGAUACAGUGCUUUAAUGACGUUACGGCGAUCAUAUUUGUCACAGCGUGUAGUAGUUACAAUAUGGUGCUCAGGGAAGACCCUACAAAGUUGAGACUCCGGGAGAGUCUCGAUCUCUUCAAAAGUAUCUGGAACAAUCGGUGGCUCCGCACGAUUUCCGUGAUCCUGUUUCUGAACAAGCAGGAUCUAUUAGCAGAAAAAAUCAAGGCGGGCAAGCACAAACUGGAAGAUUACUUUCCGGAAUUCGCGCGCUAUCAAACGCCAGUCGAGCCCGGAGUGGUCACAGAUACCUCGGAACCUCCUAACGUCAUAAGGGCCAAGUACUUUAUCAGAGACGAGUUUCUCCGCAUAAGUACGGCGAGCGGCGACGGCAAGCACUACUGUUACCCGCACUUCACCUGCGCCGUCGACACGGAGAACAUCAAAAGAGUGUUCAACGAUUGCCGAGACAUUAUCCAGCGGAUGCACUUGCGCCAAUACGAACUGUUGUGACUUCGUUCCUGCCGACGUCUCCUGUCAUCACCCGUUAAUCUGACCGUCACGUUCGUACUGCGCUUCGAGCUGCUGCUGCGAGCCGAAUGAGCUACUAGCGAGCUAGCCGCGAACCAUGGCCGCGGGGAAUCCCGCGAAGAUAUACACGCGAGAGUGUAUUCAGGUAAACGCACGCGCGCGCGGUCUGCCUGGCCGGUCCGGAACCGGAAUUCGUUAACCGGAGGGCGAUCGCGUCCGUCAAGAGCAUCAGCGGACAUUGAGAGUGACUGCGAAUCGAUCGAAUUCUCUUGGUCGGCGGGAUUCAGGCAGAUGAGCGGCCCCCCCACCCCACCCCACCCCUCUUCUGCACAGCGGACGUAUUCUCAGUCACUCGGCUCUUCUUUGAGUUAGAUGAUGGAGUGUGCUGAAUGACUCGUCGUCGUCCGGAAUGACGGCGGGGAAAUGUAAACUGUCUCGCGCUCGAACGUGUGUAUGUGUGAACCAUUACCUCGUUAAUUUUAUUCCUCUCGCGCGCGAAUUCCGUUUCGCGCGGAUCCUGUCGUAAACGUGGGCCAACGUCGUCGCCAUCGUCGUCGUCGUCGUCGUCAUCGUCAUCGUCGUCGUCGUCGUCGUCGGGUGUGACUCGGCACUUGGUGGCAUUCGAGUGACGAUUUUUUUUUUUCUUCGUUCAACACACUCUUGAAACGUGAAUUAUUAUCGUUCACCUUUAGCGGUUAAGGAUGUUUCCUAAGAUUUAGACGAACCUUUCCGGUAAAAGCAAAAGAAAAAAAAAGAAGAAGAGUCCUUUAUCGUUUUUUCGCCUUUCCUCCUUACCUCGUUUUCGAAUCUCCACUAUACUUUCGCCUCGCUCCUCCUUUACAUCUCGCUUAGAAUCUCCGCGUCUCUGAUUUCCUUCGUUUCCUCGCGUUCGAAUUCGUUGAGCUUUCGACACUUCCGAAUCUCGAUUCUUUUAUUUUACUUUUUUUUUUUUUUUUUUUUUUUAUCGUUACAUUGGCCCGACCCGUAGGAGUCUCAGCCGCGCCCUUUUUACGAGAAGAGUAUUUUGUGAGAUUUUACAGUAUUUCGAAGAGCGUUUUAAUUAUACAACUAUGUAUCGAGUAUAUACAGGGUGACCGUCCACGGAUUCUCAUCGUUUUUACGUACGCUUCUUACGAUCGAGGUCUCUCGCGGAUAUGGAUUUCCCUUCUCCCUUCUUUUUUUACCGACGUAUAUACCGUAACUCGAGUUACCUUUUAGUUUUUCUCUGUACUUAGGCACGCGCGCUACCGCAACAGCAGUCGUCUGCAUAUCCUAGCCCACGUAAGAAAUGUGCCACGUUCAGUUUCUUUUACUACGGCGCACGCAGGUAUGAUUUCGCAAUACGCUGCACGCACGGCGUCCCCGGACUCUCGCGUGAGAGUCGAUCGUUCUUACUUCGCGCAACCGAAAUUCGCGUUCUCGCGCUUUCCGAGAGAUCGUCUCGCGCUCCCGAUGAUGUGCGGAUAGACGUGUACAAAUUUUCACGCGACUGAUUCGGCAAUUGGUCACCGCGGAUCUAUUUUAUGACGAGUGUGUCCCGUAGGAUGAGAAAGGCCGGUAUGCGAAAAUCUCGCCCAUCCGCUACAUUCGUUUUCCUCGUCGCUACUUGGACACCCUGUACGGUAAACCCUCCAAUCCCCUCCCCCUCCCCGCUCCCCCCCCCCCGAACCCCACCUCUCCGCCACCCGAAUUUGAUUACGCACUUCGGUUGACGUUGCGCCGAGAAGUAGUGGAAUUUUUGCGGGUUCUUCUGCGCGUCAAUGACGUAUAUACAUAGAUCAAGCGAUGUGACUUGAAUGAAGAUAGUCAAUCGAUAGUUACUGUUCCAUUCAUCUUCCUACUGAAACACGGGAAUCAUUCUAUAGCUACGGUAUUUAAUUAUUGCAAAUUUGUAACUGUAUAUAAUAUUUUAUAAAAAGAAGAAACUAUUUUUGGUAUUGAGUCCGCAAAAAUUUGGCAUCGAGAGAAGUCCUCGCGCGUUUUACGUUGCCAAUCGCCGACUUCGAUCUUGUUCUGCAAAAAUUAGAAAUAUUUUGGUCUAUGUGCGUAUAUCAUUGUGUGCUAAUAUGAAUAUAAUAAAUCUGAGCACCCUCGUCGUAAUCGCAAUAUAUAUCUCUAUCCUUUCGCUAUAGUUUCGAAGAAACUUUUUGUACGCCGCGGCCAAAGAGUUAACGCCGAGUACUUGCUCGUAAUCUUCGUAUAGAUAAUGGGAAUCAAAGUUAAAUGAAGUAAAGUAAAAAGUUAAGAAUGAAAUGAAUGAGGUGCCGAGCUUUCUAUAACGCACUAUAAUACACCCGAUAGUUAUUCUUAUUCUUCGCUAUUAAUUAAUGGUUAAUUACUGGUUUUUACGAAUCUUUAUAGUCUAAUCUUUUCGUGGAUCGCACAAUUAAAACGGCUAUGCUUGGUUUACACGUCACGUCCGAUCUAUGCAAUUAUUUUUAAACACCUCGAUUGUUCUCUACGAUGGAUCUGGAUUUGGAUCUUGUUCUACAAAACAAAAAAUAAAAAACAAUCACGAAGGUUA